AUGAGAGAAUCCCUCGUGUCUACCGCUGGCGACGAUAACAAGGACUAUGCAUUUUGUGAGUUGUGUAGGGAGCCUUUACAAGAGCUUUCCCCGGAAGGUCGAGAAACUCAUUACGAAGCGCACUUCAACCAUGGUGAUGGGCUUGAGAUAAACGAGCUUGAUGCUCAGCUGGCUGCCACUAUUUCUAUACAAGGCUCUUCGCCUAGCCGUGGCAUCAUAGCUCCCGUCACUCAUUCAAGCCUUCAGCGAGUUAUACCUCCACAAAAACCACGUGAGAACGUGUUUUGGCAUCCUGAUUGUGGAUCUCCUGUCCCUCCCCGUGUCAUUACCCCUGGAAUUAUUCCAAUCCUAGCUCGGGCUUUAGAGCGACCAGGCUCGAAGGGUGGGGCACUCUGCACCCCGUUAGCUACUCAUUACGGGACAGAGUACUGGGAUCUAGGAUGGGGCUGCGGCUACCGUAAUUUUCUAAUGGCAUGCAGUGCACUCGCAGCACAAGACAUCUGUCCCGAAUAUCGGAGGCUUUUGAUGGACGACAUCUGUGGUCCUCCCGGGGUUAGGAAUUUACAAGUGUGGAUUGAGGAUGCCUGGCGUCGAGGAUACGAUACGCAUGGUGCAACUCAGCUCCGCCACCACCUACUUGGGACUAGAAAAUGGAUUGGUACAGCUGCUCACUUGGCACUGAUUCAAUGGUUGACGGCACACUUUAUGGAACAGUCUAACGACCUCAGUUCGGGACCCAACGGAGAUCACACAACUCCGCACGUCUAUAUGAGCACCAAGAUGCCGAUCGUACUACAGCACAAGGGCCAUUCCAGAACGGUAGUUGGCAUUGAGUUGACCAAAUCUGGAGAAACUAAUAUAUUAAUAUAUGACCCUGCAAGGCGACCGGACACAGCUAUUCGCAAGGCCGGACUCAAGAAAGGUCAUAAACAUCGCUCCUCAACCAAGGCGAAAGGUUUCUUCAACAGAGUGAUCAAGCGGCAACCUCAUAAUGAAAUGAACGAACAGACGCCCAAACGGAUGCGCGGUGGGGCCGUGGAUAACGACAACUGUGAAUCCUCGGGAAAAGAAAACGGGUAUAAACUUGGCCCAGUGGAGGAUCGGGGCCACAACAACAAUGGGUCGCUAAAAGACUCCGACACAAACUUCCGCGCUAAUAGCGAGAUAAGGCCAUCUGAAGAUAACGCUGAUCUGCUCGCCACGCUUCAGGGCCUAGAUCUGGGACGAGUGCUUAGUACAUAUAGGGUAACGUCUUCACAACUCAGCAAGAAGGAUCAAUACCAAAUACUUUGGUUCCCUAUGACUGCCCCACUUACCGGCCCUGAACGUGAUGCUUGCAAGAUCGUUCGGAGCGAGCGCAUGAUCGCGUCUGUAUCUUAG